GCAUGCAGCUGUGGCAUGAACAAGCCCAUCAAUACCGCACAGAGAUGCUGGAUUUUAAAAAGCUAACAUCAGAGGCCAUGACAGGGAUAAAAAAUGACCACAGCAUGAUGUUCAAAGACCUGAAAGGAGCUUCUGCUCGAGUGGACCUUGUGGAGACAGAAAUGGACUACGUGGAGACCCAGAAUUCUCCACGGGCUUGUGCGAACAACGCUGAAAAAGUGUUGGAGCAGGAGGCCUGGGGUCUGCAGGAGAGAGAUGAGGUUGAGGAGGAAGACUGGGAGGAGCUGCAGUCCAGAGUCUCUGACUGUGUGGAAAUCAUCUCUGGCAUCAGAUCUGUGAAGAUCCUGAAGAGAAUAGGAAGCCCCAAAGGAAUGUGGACCAGAGAUCCCAAGUCCUCCAAGCUUUACGUCUUCAAUGGCACAUCAGGAGACACAGUCUACGAGUUCAAAUCCGUCCGUGACUUUUCCACAUCUCUAGGAGUGGCUGGGAGCAGGAUGAUCCACCUUCCCUCUAAGUGGACGGGUCCUGGAAGUGCCGUUUAUAACGGCUAUCUGUAUUACAUAAAUCAGGAAACUGAUACAGAUGUGCAGGUGGUUAAAUUUGACCUGAUGAGUGGUUCAGUGACAGACACUGCUAUGUUCCCUAUGGAGAGGCAUGCCAGUCUUUACACUCUUAAUCCUGAGACUGUUGCAGACCUUGCAGUCGACGAUGAGGGCUUGUGGCUCCUUUUCACCCCCACUGACAGUGAACCAAACAUUAGCCUCGCUAAGAUGGACACUUCCACGCUUGACAUAGAACAAAUCUGGGACACCCAGUGCCCACGGGGGAACGCAGAGGCGGCUUUUGUAGUGUGUGGGACAGUCUAUGUCGUUUACAACACCCGCAUGGCCAGCCGAUCUCGAGUUCAGUGUGUGUUUGACGUGAAUGACAUGAUGCUAACUGAAGAGGCUCCUCUGCUUUACUUCCCCAGGAGGUACGGAGCUCAUGCCAGUCUGAAGUACAACCCUGAGGAGAAUCAGCUUUAUGGCUGGGAUGAUGGCUACCAAAUCAUUUACAGACUCACUAUAAAGACAAAACUCUUAGCUUGACAGAAGAGAAACAGGAUCAUGUUUGAAAAACUGAAGGACAGUAGCAGUGAAUUUCUUCUAUCCAUUCACAUAGAUUUGCUUUGAGAAGAAUAAUGCUUGCUCACUUUUUCCAAAUAUAGUGGCUGUGCAAUGGAAGCUGUAAAGGUGACAUAUUAUGCUUCCUUGAACAGGUUAGGACAGGUGAAUGGACUAAACAAAACAUGUUCAUUACAUUUUUUUGCACAAAAUCACUCUUGGAUAUAUGAGAUUUUAGUCUGCUUGGUUCUGCCUAUUUCAAGCUCUUUUCAGAAUGAACUUGUCAAAUAAAAAAAAUCCAAGUAAGCUGCUGCUGGCCAUGCUCAUCCAACUCAGAUGCUUAAUUAUACAACUGUACAUCUUUGAAAAGCAGAAAUGGAGCCUCCUGCACAACCAACAAGAAUGCAGCAAGUUGUUUCUGAAACAAAACACUUGUCUUUUCCAGCAGCCAUUGUACUGUGCAUAAAACCAGCUGGUCAAACAUCCUUGGUGUUAUUAAAUAUUUGACAAUGGUUCUUUCACAUCACCGUGGAAGAAUUUCCACCGGUUCUUCUUUAUAGAAUUGUCUUAAGUCAGCCAUGUUAAAUUGAAAAAAGACCCAGACUAAAAAAAGAUCCAAACUAAAUUAAUUCAUUUAAGUAGUUUUACCCCUCUAAAUGUGAACUUACUAGUGCACUCUGACACUCUGAAUCUCUGUCCACCUUCAAAACCCAAGUGCUUGUGAGCCUCAGCGCACAAACAGUCCAAACAUGAUAUCACUUUUCUUCCCUUAGUGACUACUCCUCUGUUCAGUGUUAACAUAGAGAAAAUUUGGAAGAAGUUGAUCUAAGUGUCUACUUUGAUGUAUAAAGGAUAUGCACAGUAAAGUAAAAGAAAAGAGAAAUAUAUGUUGUCAUAGUGGGCUGAUAUUUACUGUGAAAUGCAUAUAAGUUAAUAAAGUUCACUUCCACUUUCUGCUUCUUCUGCCAAAAACAAUAUGUGUGAAGUUGCAUAAAUGAUAAACAUUAUGAUAGAGUUCAUAUGUGGUCUCAUUUCCAAGAGGGAGCUGCUUUUUUUUCUCAUGCUUUUCCAUAUUUUAAAAAUUGUUUUGAAGAUCUGAAACACAAGAUGUAACC